GGUCUGGGCCAGAGCCCGAACGACGGUUCGUAAGCACCAAUACCAUUGUUGGUGGUGAAGGAAGACGCGCCCAAUAGCCAAUAUCAGAAGGGACCAUGUUGCCGUUCGUCUAACUCAAGGCGCUCACAAGCGCCUGACAACGUGGAACAGCGGGACGUCACACCGUUCCGUAAUAGUCAGGUGCCGUGGCUCACACGGCGUUUCGCGCAACGGCAUCCGAAUCGAUCAGUGUCUUUGUUAUAUUGAUGUUACUGCUACUACGACAACAACAGCAGCUGCAGGAACGACUUUUUCUAAUACAAUUAUUAAUGCCACGACUGUAUUGAUAAACUGGAAACACUGACUAUUUGUUGUUUGCACUGCUUUCGUUACCAGCUACACGCGUCGUCGCCGUUCAUGACGCACUAUAUCGCCAGCAGUAUCAGCAAAGCAGAGACGCCGCAGUCAUAGGAACUACUGUUAUUAGCACAACAACAGUAAAGACUUGACAUAUAUCUGAGUCGCCAUCUUCCUGCUUGCCAGUUACUAAGGACCACUCGACGAUGGCCAACCGACCGUCACGAUGUUGCCCGAUAUGGCGGACCGUAAUUUUUCUGGCAAUUUUACAUGCAAUUUGCAUGGUAGUGACAGGACUCGAGCUAUCCACCAUCGGCACUAUAGACACCGGAUCUCAACGUAAUCUUGCAGAGGAUCUCAAAAGUUUGACUGCAGGAGCUCGAAAACAGCUCAUGCCAAUAGCUGAAGCACUUCUGUAUAAUGAGGACUUGUCAGCAGAAUGUACAACCGCUUUAUUGCGAACUGGUAGGGCUCUACAAACAGGCAAAAUGUGGGCGGCCAAAAUGUUGUUGUCAAGCGGUGUGGUACCUGACAACUUUUUCUUGGGACAAACACAGGCACACGGUAGUCUCGAGCAGUGCCUAUGGGCUUAUGUCGUCCCAGAUGAAAAUUCGGAAGAGAGACAAGAGUUGCAUUACUGCAAAUUAAAAGUGGCCCUUGAGUCAAACAACAGCUUCUAUGAUGAUCUUACAAAUGAAAUAUAUCACACAUCAGGUUUGAACGUCCAGGACAUUCCCGAUGUAAUUAAAGGUAUAUACACCGGUUUAACCAUCUCUUUGUGCAUUCCUAGAGAAUGUGCUCAAGCAGACCUUCAAAUCGCCAGCGACACACUGACUUCGAUGUACGGGGGUUGGGCCGAGGUGAGCUCGUGCCAAAAUGCCGAUCGCGGUCCAGUCGAGCACCAACAAAUUGUUAUCAUCCUCAUACUUUGCUUUAUUGCGUGCCUAUCGUUCGUCGGGACCUUUGUCGACUCGAGUCAGCCAACCUUCAAAAAAACCUACCCAGGUCGUCUAAUACGUUGUUUUUCGCUGUGGACGGCUUGGUCAAGUCUCCUUUCAAGCGACGAUAAUACUCACCGUACAGGUUACCUGAAUGGCUUAAAACUGCUUUUGUGUCUGUGGAUUGCCUCGGGGCACCUCAUCAUUUUCCCGUCACCAGAAUUCACACGAAACCCCGGAGAGUUCUUCACCGUUGUCAGCCGUUCACUUUGGUUCCAGAUCUUCUCAAACAUCAACCUAGCCGUUGUCGGUUUCUUCUUUAUCAGUGGCUACCUGGUUCACGUAAGCACAACGCGUUUUGCCGCCGAUCAAAACUGGAGAUUCGUUAUCAUCAGCUUCGUCAGAAGAUAUAUCAAGCUAGUUGUGCCAGCACUAGUUGUGCUCUUGACAACACUUUUGUAUCCCUUGCUAAUCCGGACGGCGAGUCCUCGAGAAGGCUUCUAUUCAAGUAACGUCGGAGCCUGCUCGAGUGAAUGGUACCUCUUACCCUGUCUUGCAAAUAAUUACAUCGACCUUUUUCGUGAACAGUGCCUUACUCAUCUUUGGUAUAUCGCUACCGAUCUAAAGAUCUAUCCAUUCGUUGUAGCGUUGUCCAUCUUCUACAGAAGACAAGCUCGACAUGCGACGUUCCUUAGCGUCGCCUUGGUGUUGAUUACGUCGCUCCUCGUCGCUUUGGAGACAUUUUUUGCGGGUGCCGCAGGUGUUGUCGCUAGAGCUGACCUCGAAGGCAAGCGUUACUUUGCGACUGGCAAAGCCUUGGAUCUAUACACAAAGCCCCACACCCAAGUAGCUGCCUAUGUGAUGGGUAUGUUAUGUGCUGCCCUUGUGGAGAGGCUCAAAGACAAACCACCCAAACUUACCAUGUUCGCCAAGUACCUCAUGUGGACGCUAUCGGUAGUUCUCUUCUUGAUUCAGACUGUAUUCAUCACGUACUCGUCGAUCCAGGUGUUCUCACCAGCGGGGGUUUGGAUGUCAUUGUACGCUGGAAUUUCCCGACCUCUGCACGCAAUCAUCUACUUCUGGAUCCUCUGUACAUGCUCCUUGUACCUUGCUGAACCGCUCCGCCGAUUCCUGUGCCACCCAGUAUUUUUCGUUCUCGGAAAGCUUAGCUAUGGAGUUUACCUAGUUCACUUUCCUCUCGGAUCCUUUGGCUACGCAAACCUAAAAAGUGCUUCCCUUCAAUACAAUCUAUUUUCACUGUCUCAGGGUGUUUUAGGAAUCUUAGCGCAGAGCUUUGUUCUCGCGGUGGUACUGUUCUUAUUUGUCGAAAAACCUCUAGCAAAUAUGGACCGCCUCCUAGUUAACUGGAAACGGUGCGCGGGUAAGGAUGCAGGCAACCAAUGUGAGGUCCCAUUGCCUGAAAGUACUUUGCCUACAACGAGAGGGGCGUCAAAGAAAAUACCAAAUAGCUCCAUUAUUCCCUUUGAAAGAUCUGAUAUGACCCAAACGGUAGGCCAAUUUUUUCACAAACCGACAUCCGAAAUGGUAGCAAUCUCGAGUCUCAUACUCACCAACACCUCGACCGGAAGUGUUGCUCUCCAAACGCAACGGACGCCAGGAUCGUUUUUGCCUGAAAAUAGCACAGCAGUCAAUGCGACAAAAAACCCUAUGCCCUCAAACGAUAGCUUACAGACUUCCGCUGCCUCAUCCAAAUUGUAAUGAGCUCUAGCCGAGGUCAUUGCAACUCGGCUUCCGUUCAACACAUCCCGAUCUCACGUAAAACGCAACGAAGUCAUACUCAAGCUUAAAAUGUAUCCAAUAUGAUACAUUCUACGAUCGUCUAACAAACGAUUGUAUUCUGUGACACUGGGGAGGUAGCGGCUUCGUACUCACUGCAGCACUUAAGGUUUUUGUAGCUGUUCAAAGACCAUCGAGGAAAGAGCUGAAGGGAUCUGGAAUAGAAUUACCUCAUAUAAGUAUUUCAAUAAUAAAUGCCCUGUAUAUAUAAUAUAUACUGACUAAACUAUGUAAGUGCCAUUAUUUAUUAACUGCAUCAGUAACGGAACCCUACGUUUGACCUUAAAACGUAAAACGUUCAUAGAGUUUGGGUUGGUUAGAAAUUUUCUCGGCCACAUUGCAUUUUUCUGGCGAGUGUCACUCGUACCGCUACCAAAGCAAUUCGGUUUAUCUGCUCAUAGACUACUUGUAUCAGUAAUAAAUUAAUUAAAAUAACAAAUGCACGCCAACGCCCAUUUUUCUUCUAACUAUUCACUGCAAGUAUACUCAGCCAGCAAGAUAUUCCACAUAUGAAAACCUAACAGCUGGUUACGCGUCGGAGUUCAGGAAACGCUUUUACCAGCCAUUUGUCAAUUGGAACGAGAAAACAGGACGCAAAUGGUCCCUUGUCGAUAUUUAGAAUUAAUGAAAAAUUCAUAUGGAGAAAUGUCACUGUUGAAUAUGCUUAGCAAGGAUUUUUAGUUUUUGAUCAUCUCCUUUUUCCCAUUCAUGCA